GGAGCCUAGGUGCCCGGGCCUCUCAGCCCAUAAGGGGAGGCUAACUGUCUUUCUCCUGUUACGUUGAUGCAGAGCUCCGUUUCUCCAGAAACGACCAUGAACCGAAGCAUUCCUGUGGAGGUUGACGAAUCGGAACCAUACCCGAGUCAGUUACUGGACCCCAUCCCAGAAUAUUCCCUGCAAGAGGGAUCAGAACCCCCUGCUCCAAACAUAAGGAACAUGGCACCCAACGGCUCGUCUGCACCCCAAACCCCUCACCAUUCCUCGGAAGACUUUUCUCAGACUCCCCCUCGCCUGCAACUGGUAAACCACCAGCGACCGGUGUCCCGGCAGAUCACCUGCCUGCGCGCUAAAGUCCUGGAGGAGAGCGAAGACAGCUUCUGGAGGAGACAUCCGGACCCGGGCAAAGAUCUGCCCUCGGACUCCUUCGGGGCCAGCGAGCCUAAACCCGAGUCUGUGAUUGGUGCCUUCUCCCCAGAGCAUCAGUUUUCAUUUAGGGAAAAGCGUAAUCAAUGGCUGGGAUCUCCGCUCUCAGCAGCUUCUCCUGACACUGGCCAUGGCUCAGGCAAAUCAGACCAAAAUUUACCUAAUGCCUUAGCAGACUCCUCAAGCAAUAGCCAAGAGAUGGUGCCACGGCCCCAGCCCCACAGGCACCGAGCAGCCCCAGACCUGCCUACCAUAGACACGGGGUACAAUUCCCAGCCCCAGGAUGUCCUGGGCAUCAGGCAGCUGGAAAGGCCCCUGCCCCUCACUUCCAUGUGCUACCCCCAGGACCUCCCCAGACCUCUCAGGUCCAGGGAGUAUCAUCCGUUUGAACCUCAGAGGCACCCAGCGUGCGCACAGAUGCCGCCUCCUCACCUUUCCCCACGGGCUCAGUGGAACCAUCAGUACCAUCGUCCUGGAGGUCCCAUUCACCAGGUGCCAUAUGGCCAGGACUACCCUCGAGCAGCCUACCAGCAAGUGAUCCAACCGGCUCUACCUGGACAGCCCCUACCUGGAGCCAGUGUGCGAGGCCCGCACCCUGUGCAGAAGAUCUUUCUGAAUUAUCCCAGCCCCUGGGACCAAGAAGAGAGGCCCGCACAAAGAGACCAUUCCUCCCCAGGGCUCCUGAGAUAUCAGGACCAGCCGUAUAACCAGCCACUGAAACGAGCUGGAGCUCCUGAGGAGUCCUUGGAGUGUCCUGCCGAAUUGAGACCACAGGGUCCCCAGGCUCCGUCUCCAGCUGCUGUCCCUAGACCCCCUAGUAACCCUCCAGCCAGAGGAACUCUGAAAAUAAGCAAUUUACCAGAAGAAUUACGGAAAGUCUUUAUCACUUAUUCUGUGGACACAGCCAUGGAGGUGGUGAAAUUUGUGAACUUUUUGCUGGUAAAUGGCUUUCAAACUGCAAUUGACAUUUUUGAGGAUAGAAUCCGAGGCAUUGAUAUCAUUAAGUGGAUGGAACGCUACCUUAGAGAUAAGACGGUGAUGAUAAUCGUAGCAAUCAGCCCCAAAUACAAACAGGAUGUGGAAGGCGCUGAGUCGCAGCUGGACGAGGACGAGCACGGCUUACAUACUAAGUACAUCCAUCGCAUGAUGCAGAUCGAGUUUAUAAAACAAGGAAGUAUGAAUUUCAGAUUCAUCCCUGUGCUCUUCCCAAAUGCUAAGAAGGAGCAUGUGCCCACCUGGCUACAGAACACUCACGUCUACAGCUGGCCCAAGAAUAAAAAAAACAUCCUGCUGCGGCUGCUCAGAGAGGAAGAGUACGUGGCUCCCCCGCGGGGGCCUCUGCCUACGCUUCAGGUGGUGCCCUUGUGACACCCCAGCCGCAGCUCACUGGGGCCAGCCACAUCUGGACCCUGUUCUGGCAGGCACUCCUCUAGCUGAGGCCGGCUGGCAGCAUUCACAGCUGUUUGUGUUCAGUCCGUCCCUCAGGGGCCCUCCAACCCCAGAAAACCUGUUUUGCAGCCUGAGACCUCCGCAGACCCUGUCUUUGGAAUGGAAGCGUGGCUGCUCUGCAUGCCCUGCUUCUUACCCCCACUGCCUGUUUCUCCGAACAGUCUGACUCAUCCAUUCUGGGCCUCUCACUGCUUAGCAAGGAGAUCGUAUAAGUGACCACAAACACCCUCCCAUUGCUUAUGGCUACUUUUAUGUGUUAUCCAGAUGCUUGUGUGGCCUCGGACCAAAAGGAUUCAUGUACAAAUAAUAAAACAUUUACUCUUUUGUAA